AUGGCAGAUCCUAGCUUCAGGCAAUCAGUCGGUGGACGGCGUUUACUCGUUUUACUCUUGCUACUGAUAAUAAUAUCACUAGUAAUUGCAAUAAUAGUGAUAGUUAUUAAUACUCAUAGCAAUAGAAAGAAACUCACUACCUGUGGUAGAAAAGAGAAAGGACAGUAUGGCCACAUUGAUCUAAAAGAAUCCGACAAUCCUUCUGUUUUUCGCGAUUUGACUUCAAAAGAAAUUGAAGCUUUAAUGAAUUAUUUACAUAGGCAACAUAGUCUUAAUUUAGUCAAAGCAGCGGACAUGAAAGUAAAUUCUAGUUAUGUUUACUCGUGCGAAAUGCAUCUACCUAGCAAGAGCUCAGCCAUUGAUCAUCUUGACAAUAAUGCGAAAAAGCCUCCAAGGGAAGCGCAUGUCAUUAUCUUCAGAGGAGAUAAACAAAAACCAGACAUUGAAGAAAUAAUCGUUGGUCCUUUACCCAAUCCAACUGGUCAUAGACCUGUUCCACAUAAAAGGAAGUCAAUUCCUUUUAUAUAUCGGCCCACGACCGGACCGGAACAUAUCGCGGUAAUAGAUAUGCUAAAUGUAAAAAUCGACAACCUUCUUGGAACAAUGCUUGAAGAGUUGUACGGGGGACGACUUUUAAAUUGUGAUAGUAAAUGCUUAAUCAUUCGGUACAUAACACCGGUAGCGUCUGCACUGUCUGGGGAAAGAAGACGUAAAACAUGGUAUUGGGUGUCGCAAUUUGCUGAAUAUUACAUCCUACAUCCUCUGGAUUUUGCUGUAUUGGUAGACAUGGACGUAACGAAUAAUACAAUAGAAAACAUAUGGUUUAAUGGACAACUUCAUGACAAUCUAUUGGGUGUUUUAAAUUAUUACAGUGCAAAUAAGGGUUCUAUUACUAAAAUUCAGUUUCCAAAUGUGAACACUGAUAGUGUUUCUGCAGCGAAACAACGCGGCACACCACCAAUUAGUCCUCCUUUAAGAAAUCCAGUACAAGUCUCACCUGAUGGAAAAAGAUAUAAUGUGAACGAUCGUCAUGUUAAUUAUAUGUCCUGGGAAUUUGAUUUCCGGAUGUCGACAACAAAAGGUCCACAAAUAUAUGAUUUAAAAUUCAAGAAAGAAAGGAUAGCAUAUGAAAUAGGCUUACAAGACAUUGCCGUCUUUUAUUCAGGGUACAAACCCAUGCAAGCUAUGGCUAAUUAUUUAGAUAGUGUAGGGUUACCCGGAUCCCGUGCACAAGGUUUAGUACCUGGUGUCGAUUGUCCAAAGGACGCAACAUUUGUAGGGACGACGUUGCUGGUGGAGUCCGAUGGUCCUUUUUCGUAUGAAAACGUAUUCUGUCUGUUUGAAUAUAAUACAGGCAUGCCAUUACGGAGACACCACUCCUACUCAUUUAAUUAUGGUAGGUUUUAUGAAGGAAUGGAAACGACAGUACUGGUUUUGAGAACAAUUAUCGUUAUUAUCAACUAUGACUAUAUUAUCGAUUUCAUAUUGUAUCCAAAUGGUGCAGUGCAAGUAAAAGCCGUUUCCACUGGCUACGUAUCAGGUACAUUUUAUACUAAAAAGGAAACAAAAUACAGUUUUAAACUUCAUGAGAAUUUGGCAGCUAACAUACACCAUCAUAUGUUUAGUUUUAAAGCCGAUUUAGAUAUAAAAGGAAAUGAAAAUAGAUUUGCGACUGUUGACAUUGAAACGGAAGAUUUACCGAAUAAAUUUUCAAAAAACCCAGAUUCAAGAUUAAUUCAACAUAAAUUUUCUUCAACUCUUAAGAAAACGGAAGAGGAAGCUUCGUAUAAAUUUGAUUUUGAAACUCCAAAAUAUUUACUUCUUUACAAAGAAGAUGACAAGACAAGGAAAUCUUACAAAAAGAGUAAAAGUUAUCGUAUACUGAACACGGGAAUGUCUAAACAAAUCCUACAAGAGGGCAAAGGUAACGAACCUAGUAUAAGUUGGGCUAGAUAUCAAGUUGCAGUGACCAAAUAUAAAGACUCAGAACCCACCAGUAGUUCUAUAUACUCAAUACUAGAUGCUGAAGACCCAGUUGUACAUUUUCAGAACUUUAUUGAUGAUAAUGAAUCAGUUGUUGAUGAGGAUUUAGUAGCAUGGAUCACUAUGGGAGUUCAACAUAUUCCACACACUGAAGACUUGCCAAUUACCACUACCCCGGGGAUGGAAGUAAGCUUUUAUCUAUUACCAUACAACUAUUUUGAUGAAGAUCCAGCAAUAUCAUCAUUGAAUGCUGUUUGUAUAGAACCAAUAAACAAGCUGAAGCAUAAGACAUCUAUCAAAAUAAACCGAUAUGGUGUUGCGCAAAAUUUUGAAUGUCUGCCAGAGGAAGACAAAUACGAUGAAGAAAUUAAGAAGAAUCCUUCUAUAAUCCUUGAUGCUUGAUCAUGAGAAGACAAUGUCGCUUUACAUCGAUAUUUGCUGUCUUCGUUUAGAAUAAUUGUCAGACAUAUUAUUUGAUAACGUAUAUGGGUUUUUUGGUUGUUUUUUGGUAUUCAUCAAUAUAUUGCUUGCUG